AUGGGAUUUGAAGUGAAACUUUAUGUUUAUGAAUUAACCAAAGGUGUUGCUCAGUCGAUGUCUAGCCUUUUACUAGGGACUGCAAUUGAUGGAGUAUGGCAUACUUCAAUAGUUGUAUAUGGCCAUGAGUAUUUUUAUGGUAAAGGUGGCAUACAAAUAUGUAAUCCGGGACUUUCAUCUAUCGGACCACCCGACGAAAUCAUUAACCUAGGUAUAACUGAAGUUGACAAACAUUUAUUUCGCGAAUACUUGGCCGCUUUGAAGACACAAAAUUAUAAAGGAGACGAAUACGAUUUAUUCCACCACAAUUGUAAUACUUUUACCGAUGAAGUCUCGCGUUUUCUAACAGGACGAUCUAUCCCCUCACGCAUUACCGAAGUACCCAAUCAAGUUUUGUCCAGUCCGUUCGGUCCUAUCCUACAAUCUUACCUCGAAAAUAUAGACAUCGAGUGUUCACCGUCUCCGCCACCUCAUUCAUCCCAACAUUUUGGUUAUUGCGUCAUGAGCCAAACAAAUAAUAAUACCGAAAACGGUCCCACCGCGAACGCCAAUUCGCUCAAGGAGAAACCCCGCAAGACUUUAGAGGACCCUCCUUCCAUAGAAAGUUUCCAAGACGAAAAUAAGCCGGAUUUAUUUGUUGGAAUAGAGGCUGCAGUAUUGUACGAAAAAUUGAAGGAAAAACUCAAGGAUAAAAUUAGCGCGGCCGAGUUUCAGCUUCUGAACGAAUGCAACACUUACGUAAUCACGGAAGACCCCCUGUGGUGCGUUAACGAUAACCACGCGCAGUUUUUGUGCAAGAUUUUGCACGAUACGACGGGUACCUUCGAUAAGCAAGACAAACUUCUUACCCUUCAAAUGUUGCAAUUGUUAGUUCUGUCCUUCGAUUUCAUAUUGGUUAUCAAACACGAAUGUACCCACGGGCUCAUGUCUUACAUUCAACAAUUCGAUAAGUUAUCCAAGGAAGAGAAAAUCUCAAUUUUGAUGCUGCUCAGCAACUGUUGCUACACGAAAACGGGUUUUUACUACCUGACCUCCAUGAUCGAAUGGCCCGAAAGUAAAGCCGUAAAUUACAAUAACGGUACUAUCGUUUCUAAAAUCGUUUCGGAAUGCCUGAUUUCCAAACAAAAUUUUGGCGGAGCCGAUGCCAGCACGAAUACCGGAGGAGACACGCUGGUCUUCGAUUUAGCUUGUAAUCUCAUAUGGCACCUGGCCUAUCAUAAGGUUCCGGAGGAAAUGGCCAUGGAAAUUUCUAUAGCGUUAUUGCAAGCAAUCAAAACCGAAAAGAAUGAAAAAUCAUUGUUUGCCUGUUUGGUCGCUCUGAAUAACUUUAUGGAUAUCACACCCGAGGUUCAAAGCCUCUGUAAAGUCAUGGAUAUGACCAUGGACGAAUACAAAGGGGUAUCGACUCGAGUAGAUAAGCUGUGCGACGAAAUAAAAAUCAAAUUAGAUACGCCCGCUCCUCAACCACAUGCACCCAGUAGCAGGCAUAGGGAAGAAAACGUGGGUAACCACACCAAAUACGAUUCUUAACAACGUUGUUUAAAGAUAUUUUUAAUUUUUUUUCCCUUUCCUUCUUUUAGAUUAUUAGUAAUUAAUAAAUAAUAAAUGUUAUGCAAUGGUAAUAAAUAUGUAAAAAUUGUCACGAACUUAAGAAAACUUUAAAAUUUAUGUUUUUUAUUAUAUAAAGUUAAAUUCAACUUAUUUACUUAUAAUUCUUCACCACAAAACAUAUUUAUUUAAAUUAUUUAUUUUAUUUU